CGGCUUGGCCCCCUUUCCCUAACUUGUGCGCUCUGGAGGCAACCGGGGAAAAAAAAGCUUUCCGGCAUCCAGAGAGCCAUUGCAGGCCUGUCUUUUAGGCACCUGUUGCUACCUACCUUGUGUGACAGCUUCCGGUUGCCGUUUGGUGAAAAAACGCUCUCAAGCUGAACCCCACGCCCUCCCUGCCCCCUAUCUCCAGAUCUUUGGAAUCUGCAUCUCUGCGGUGGAGUUCUGAGACUUUAAGUUUUUACAAAACACUCUCCAGCCCAACCCCCUUUGUACACUAAAGCUUGAGCACCACGGAAGACGUUCAGAUAGUGAUGGUUUGGGGUGAUAGGAAGUUAAGAUUCAGCUACCAAAAAAAGAGGACAUUUUCAGUUUUCACUAAGCUUCUGUGCUUCCUGCAAUGACGGAUGGGUUUAUAAAAGCCAUUGGUCGGGCUGAUGCUAUCCAAACACUGUUUUCUGAAGAAACGUUUGAAGAAAGAAUUGACUGUUCUGGGAAAUGCAUCUUGCCAGGUUUGGUGGAUGCACACACACAUCCAGUCUGGGCUGGUGAAAGAGUUCACGAGUUUGCAAUGAAGUUGGCAGGAGCCACGUACAUGGAAAUUCACCAGGCUGGAGGAGGCAUCAACUUCACUGUGGAGCACACGCGCCAAGCCUCGGAGGAGGAGUUAUUCUGCUCCUUUCAGCAGCGGUUGCAGUGCAUGAUGAGGGCGGGGACCACACUGGUGGAGUGCAAGAGCGGAUACGGCCUCAACCUGGAGACGGAGCUCAAGAUGCUGCGUGUGAUUGAGCGCGCUCGGCGCCAGGGGCCCAUCGGCAUCUCGGCCACUUACUGCGGGGCUCACUCAGUGCCAAAAGGAAAGACUGCUACAGAAGCUGCUGAUGAAAUCAUCAAUAACCACCUCCCAAAGCUGAAGGAGCUUGGCAGCCGUGGGGAAAUACACGUGGACAAUAUAGAUGUGUUCUGUGAGAAAGGCGUCUUUGAUCUCAAUUCCACCAGAAGGAUUCUUCAAAGUGGAAAAGAUCUAGGAUUACAGAUUAACUUUCAUGGGGAUGAACUCCAUCCUAUGAAGGCUGCUGAGCUGGGAGCUGAGCUGGGAGCUCAGGCGAUCAGUCACCUGGAAGAAGUGAGCGAUGAAGGCAUCGCUGCCAUGGCAACGGCCAGGAGCUCCGCUGUCCUCCUGCCCACCACCGCCUACAUGCUGAGACUGAAGCAACCUCGGGCUAGGAAGAUGUUAGAUGAAGGGGUAAUCGUUGCUCUGGGCAGUGAUUUCAACCCUAACGCAUAUUGCCUUUCAAUGCCAAUGGUCAUGCAUCUGGCCUGUGUGAACAUGAGAAUGUCCAUGCCUGAGGCCUUGGCGGCUGCCACUAUCAAUGCAGCUUAUGCGCUGGGAAAAUCUCACACACAUGGAUCUCUGGAAGUUGGUAAGCAGGGAGAUCUCAUUAUCAUCAAUUCAUCCAGAUGGGAGCAUUUGAUUUACCAGUUUGGAGGCCAUCACGAAUUAAUUGAAUAUGUUAUAGCUAAAGGAAAAGUCAUCUACAAAAAAUGAAAGAUCUGAAAGGAAAGAGAAGACUCUUCGACUGUAUAAGUCAAUGCAGUUGUAGUAAAAGUUAAAAUACCAUAGUAAUUUACCAGGGUGAUGUCAGAUAUAUUUCAGUGCUUUGUUAAUCCACUUGAAAAAACCAAGAGAUAAAUUUAUUUUCUUUUAACAUGUGUACCUGGACAUACAAAUAGGUAAAUCAAUUGGAUCAUAAUCUUAUAACAUUAAAUCAUCUCGCAGAGA